GGAAAUACGCGGUGAUUACCCCAAAACCCCGCUCUCGAAGGCGAGGCUGCGGGGCUGCCGGGACGGUUUGAGGACUGGGCUCGGCCGGGGAGACACCAACCUUCCCCUCCCCGGCCCCCGACCCAACUUCCCGCCGUCUCCCGGCACCGCCACUUCAGGCAGCCCACUCGGCCCGGCCUCUCCCCGCGCCCGGACCACCCCCCAUGGGGUGCUCUCACUGCGCAGCGAGUCCCUCCGCUGCCUCCUCCCAGCCCAAAAUGGCGGCGGCGGCCACCGAGCUGCUCGUCGCCUUCCUCAAGGCUACGGAUCACUCCGCGCGCAAGUCCCGCCCCUCCCGGCCGGAUCUAGUUUUCUUCCUGCAGGUAACACUAGUGCAACGCAUCUGCUGAGACAGGAGAAGAUGGCCACUCUGAACCAUAGCAACUGUAAUUCAGAGUCACCAGCAGCCCUGGAGGAGGCGAAGACUUCUGCUGGUCUGCCGAGCCCCCAGAUAGCCCAUGAGCCUCGUGACUUUGAUGGUUCCUUGCUUCUGCCAUCGGGAAAGGGGCUACACUCAGGGGAUGAAGGUUUUGCUCCAGCUGGGGCAGGCUCAGCUUGUAACAAUAGGGGUUCUCAGACCCAGAGCCCACGGCGAUGUUCAGUGGAGGCGGUGCUGGCCCGAAAGAAGCACCGUCGGCGGCCGUCAAAGCGCAAGAGGCACUGGCGGCCAUACUUAGAACUGAGCUGGGCUGAGAAGCAGCAGCGAGAUGAGAGGCAGAGCCAGAGGGCCUCCCGGGUCCGUGAGGAGAUGUUCGCCAAAGGCCAGCCCUUGGCACCCUACAACACUACCCAGUUCCUCAUGAAUGACCGUGACCUGGAGGAGCCUAACUUGGAUGUGCUCCACGGGCUGUCCCACCCAGGCUCCUCCAGUGGGGAGAAUGAAGCAGGGGACAGUGAUGGGCAGGGCCGAGCUCACGGGGAAUUCCAGCAGAGGGACUUCUCUGAGGCCUACGAGCGGUACCACACUGAGAGCCUUCAGCGCCUCAGCAAGCAGGAGCUGGUGCGAGACUACCUGGAUUUAGAGAGGCGGCUAUCGCAGGCUGAGCAGGAAACUCGGAGGCUCCAGCAGCUGCAGGGGCGCCCUAACAGGCUGCCCUGUCAACAGGUGGAAGAGCUGGCGGCUGAGGUGGAGAGACUCCGGACUGAAAACCAGAGGCUUCGGCAGGAGAACGAGAUGUGGAGCCGAGAUGGCAGCUGCUGUGACCAGAAGCCAGCCACAGAAGGGACCACCGGCCCCCAGGAUGAGGCCCUAUUUCAUACCCACGUGGGCCAGCUGGGUCACAAGGAGGCAGGUGACAGAUGAAAGCUACUCCCAGUGUCCCUCCCUCCUUUGAGAACUGCUAAGGCAAGGUCAGAGUUUUCCUUGUCAUUUCCACGGUUGGGUCUUUGAUGUCAUCUUACUUUUUAAGAGGAAUUAAAUGGCCAUAUGAGAA